AUGUUGCCUUCCAUCCUUUCCAAGCUAUCCCCUAAGAACAAGAUCAUGCAACAUGGCUGUACAUGGAACAAGUUCUCCUUUAAACCACACAACAUAAAUCAUGAUGUCGCUAUAGAGCUUGCCGUUGAAGUACAUCAACCUGCUCAAGAUAAAGUCCAUACAGUGUUGAUUGUGUGUCAUGGCAGAGAGAGGGAUGCUAUGCAAAUCCUCCGACAAGCUCGUCAAAAUUUAUCAGAUGAAAAUGUAUUAAUUAUUGCGCCAAAAUUUCUCAACGGGACAGACUCGGCAAACACGGCCGGACAAGCAAGUAAUUUAUUGAUUUGGAGAGGAAACGAUUGGGGUGAAGGCGGACCGAGUAAAUCGACUGCUGGCAGUCCUAUUACAUCUUUUGAAGUUUUGGACGCAAUCAUUUCCUAUUAUAGCGAUCCUACGAGAUUCACAAGGCUAAAGAAAGUUGUAUUGGUAGGACACAGUCUUGGAGGUCAGCUCGUACAGAGAUAUUCGGUCUUGGGCAAAGCAACGAAACAUGCUGAACAUCUUGAGCCAAUAUUUGUGGUGAUGAAUCCAAGUACUUACCUCUACCUUCGAGAUGAUAUUCCUUACAAAUACGGCUUGGCGGGAAGACAGAAAGCUUUUGCCCAUUAUAGCUCUGCUGCUUCCAUAAGCACGCAAGAGCUCACAUUGCGCUUUCGACAAAGAAAGGUGCAUUACUUGCAUGGCGAAAGGGAUCUUGGCACAGGAGAUGAACGACCUUUGGCGAUGGCACAAGGAAGGAACCGAUUCGAACGAAGCCAAAAUUGGUGUAAUCAUUUACAUUCUCUCGUUUGGCCAGCAACGCAUACAUUCGCAUACGUACCUAAUGUUGGUCAUGACGCUGGCAAGAUGAUGGCUUCUUCUCACUUUAAAAGUAUUUUAUGA